AUGGAUAGGCAACAGCAGCAAUUGGUGCGAUUAGGUUUGGUUUUGGCCGUCCUGGUCGGUGCGGUUCAGGGUCUGUUCGCACCGAAUGCCCGUAUUAUCAGCCUGCCGAUAGAGGAAAACGUGCCAAUCGUUGAACCGCGUUACGUUGCGAGUGGCCGAAUUUCCGGUGGAGAGCUCGUACAAGGUGAAGAUGUUCCGUAUGCCGCUGGCAUCCUGAUUCAGGGACAAACCGGAGUGCGAUGGUGUGGAGGAUCGCUCAUUACCAGCACCUACGUGCUGUCGGCAGCAAAUUGUUUUGCGGUAACACCAAAUCCCAUAUCCGUUCUGCUGGGGGCUUCUGAUAUGACUAAUGUCACGGAGAUUGUUCCAGCAGAAACGCUGAUAAUCCACAUUGGUUAUGAACCCCAAACGAGCCAAAACGAUAUUGCGUUACUUCAGCUAGCGCGGGCAGCAACUUUUGGACCGACUGUGCAACCAGUCCGACUGCCCAACUGGCGCCAGCUGCAAUCCACAUUCGUCGGUCAGCUUGCCAGCGUAUCCGGAUGGGGUGCUCUCUGGCACAAUGCUCCGGAGAUUUUGCCGAUGAAUGACCUGCGACGGGCCCGUCUACCGGUGAUCACCAAUCUGGCUUGCGGUCUACGAUUCCCGGGAGCCAUCUCGGAGAGUCAGCUCUGCGUGGACGCAGACAUGGGAUCACCGUGUUCCGGCGAUCAGGGCGGCCCAAUGACGGUAACCGAUCCCGACGGCAACAGUACCCUGAUUGGAGUCUUCUCGUACGUUUCGAUACUUGGCUGUAAUUCGGGCUGGCCAGCGGUCUUCACUAGGGUUACGCCCCACUUGCAGUGGAUUCAGUCAAAUUCCAAUGCCGUUAUUUUAGAUGAUUUCGAGUUUUAA